GAUGACCUCUGCUCAAAAGCGAACGACUAUCUCUCCAGCCUUUCUCGCUUCUUCACUGCAAGGAGCCUAACACUCUCCCCAACGAAAUCAACGGCGACCCUCUUCACCACCUGGACGAAGGAGGUCAGGCUAGAGUUAGGUAUACACGUCGAUGGCACACCAAUACCGACUGUAAACAACCCGAAAAUCUUAGGCGUCACCUUCGAUAGCCUGCUUUCCUACUCCACGCACACAACCGCAAUUGUCAAUAAAGUACAGAGCCGCAACAAGGUCCUCAAGUCGCUCGCCGGCAGCACUUGGGGCAAAGACAAAGAAACGUUGCUGGCAACAUACAAGGCAAUUGGCCGGCCGGUUCUAAACUAUGCUGCGCCAGUUUGGACGCCGGGGACUAGUUGGACGCAGUGGACGAAGCUACAGACUUGUCAGAGUGCCGCACUUCGGACAGCGACUGGGUGCCUUCUGAUGACGCCUGCGCACCACCUGCACGGCGAGGCCCAAGUGCUCCCCGUAAGGGAACACAACAAAAUGCUCUGUAAGCAAUUUCUGGUGGGGUGUCACCGAAGUAAACAUCCUAACAGACCGUUGCUUCAGGAGGAGCCUCCGCCCAGGCUCGUCAGGGGGCACCUAUUCGUGUACAAGGACGCAGUCCAACAGUACGUAGACCAACCAUUAGACCCGACGACAUACAGACGAGCCAUCAACGACAUUCAUAGAGAGUCAGUUACUACCUACCUCGACUCUCGACCUAUGAAUGCCGUAAUACGAGCCCAAUCACCACCUGUAGAAGAGACGGAGCUUCAACUUCCACAAGAGACCCGCCUGGAGCUAAUGGCAAAUAUAUUGCAGCCAUACUUAUUGCUGCAACAGCAGCGAGAGAUGUCGAAGGUGUGCAUCUUGUCUGUGAAUGCGAAAAUAGGAUAUGAAUUGGCACUAUGGAAUUCUAAUGCUCACAUAAUAUAA